GUCAGUGCUAUUUGUCUGUCUUGGCAAUAUCUGCAGAUCACCCAUGGCCGAGGCAAUACUCGCAAAUAUGAUUGCGGAAAAAGGAGUUGAAGAGAAGUGGCAUUUAGACAGUGCAGCCAUAGGGUCUUGGCAUGUGGGUAAUAGUCCUGAUCAGCGUUGCAUAAACAAACUAAAAGAGAACAAUAUCUCAACAGAACAUAGGGCCAGAACCGUUGAACUAGAUGACUUCACUAAGUUUGAUUGGAUAUUUGGAUUUGAUCAUGAUAAUAUUAGUGAGUUGACAAAGAAGCAGAAGAAAGUCAAGAAAGAAACAAAAGCAAAGAUUGCAUUAUUUGGUGAAUAUGACCCUCAGAAAGAACUCAUCAUCGAGGACCCCUAUUAUGUGGGAUCGGCUUCUCCAUGGAGCUGCUGUUUUUCUAAUAAGGGAGAGAUUGCGGGAUUUGACAAAUGCUUCGAACAGUGCAUGAGAUGUUGCAAAGCAUUUCUUGAUGCAAACACAUAAACAUUAUAAAGAGACUAAUCUAGCAUGUAGAUGGACUGUGAUUUGCAUUUACACCAUAGGUGAAAGUGUUAAUUGGUUGAAUUUGGCAUCUCUCUAAAUUCAUGGUGAUUUACAAAAUCUGUUCAAAAUCACCAAUUCAAGCCUCCAUCAAUAAUCACUUCAUAAUGUUUUUCAUAAGGGGUUUUCUCAUGAAUUAAAUUGCUAGUCGACUACAUUAAAAACAAUAUCCUAGAAAACAAUUCCAUACUGCCAAAUGAUCAAUUUACAGCAUACUGAACAUUUCGUCUGGAAUGCUUCAGUGGUUGAAUAAAUUUUCAAUUUUAUGUCGAACAAGAGGACAUUUGGUGCCAUAAAUACAUUUUAUUAAAAUGCUUUUUGAAAUUGAACCAAACUAGCAUCAAAAAAUAUUUUACCAUAUUGUGCGCCUAUUCAUAUAGCAAUUCAAAGAUAAACUUUCUCUUGAAAGUUUUUUUCCAGAUUUGUUGAAUUUUUAAGCAGAAAUUGCCUGCUCCCCCUCUCAUCCCACUUAUCCGAUCACCUAAAGAAUCUUAAAAUAGAAAGGUAACCAGGAUUUGGUUUGAACAUUUUAAUUUUAGUACCUGUAUUUGAACUGAACUUAUCAACUUAUCCUUGAACCCUAUAUAUUUUGCUUGCAUGUAAAUAAGUUGUCCAAAAAUUUAAGUACAUGUUGUAUUUUGUAAGUAUAACUGAUACU